AUGCAGGGCCAGCAAGUUCCCUUCUUGCCCUCUUCUCCGCUCGAGCACGGCGCCGGCAUCCGCUACGGUUUUGGUUCUGGUUCUGGUUCUGGUUAUGGUUCUGGCUCUGACGCUGGACCUGGUUAUGGUUAUCUCCAUGCCUCCAAGAACAACGGUCAGCCGCUAUGCGGCAACAGCGAGGGCUGGGGCCCCAUGAGCCCCAUUCGCUUCGACUUUACGCCCUGCUUCCUCGACGUCUGGAUCAUGGCCGUCGCCGUGUGGGGAAUUGUAGGAGGCGUGGGCGCGCUGUUCUACCUGUACAGAAAGUGCACCCCGCAGCCGGUGAAGUGCAAUUGGCAUUUCUACGCAAAGCUGAUUACGCUCGGAGCCCUCAUCGCCACCACGGCCGUGCAAGCCGCCCUCCAGAUCGAGUACCUGACCGGCAUCUGGGCUGGCGAUUUCCGCUUCUGGGCUACCGCUGCCACCACCGUCUCGCUGUUCGUUAUCUCGUACAUCCAGUAUGUCGAGCACUGGCGCUCGCGCAAUGCUAAUGGAGUCGUCCUCUUCUACUGGCUGCUCUUCCUCGUUGCAAGCGCCGUCAAGCUCCGCUCGCUGGUUGCUCAGAAGUUGUACACGGAGCACCCAGCCUACUUCGCCGUCUUCACUGCUAGCGUGGCUCUGGCGGCCAUUGAGUUUGCCCUUGAAUGGCUGGUGCAGAAGAGACUCAGCGACUACGAUGCGUUGGGUGACGACGACGAGUGUCCCUACGAAUACGCUGAUAUCUUCUCAGUCUUGACCUUUGGCUGGAUGACGCCCAUGAUGAAGCGCGGCUACAAGCAUUUUCUGACACAGGAUGAUCUAUGGAACUUGCGCAAACGCGACUCGACCAAGCACACCGCUGAGACAUUCGACGAGAACUGGACUCAUGAGAUGGAAAGCAAGAAAAGCCCUUCCCUCUGGAUGGCUCUGUUUCGUUCUUUUGGUGGCCCCUACUUUCGCGGUGCUUGUAUCAAGACUGUCAGCGACUGUCUUAAUUUCGUCCAGCCUCAACUACUGAGACUUCUGAUCAGCUUCGUAGCCUCGUAUCAGAGUCAUGAUGGGCAGCCAGCUCAUCCCCAGCCAGUUGUACGAGGAGCUGCCAUUGCUCUCGGCAUGUUCGCCGUUUCCGUCUCGCAGACAGCUUGCCUCCACCAGUACUUUCAGCGAUCGUUCGAGACGGGCAUGCGCAUCAAAUCCUGCUUGACCGCUGCCAUCUACUCAAAGUCCACGCGUCUCUCCAACGAGGGUCGAGCCACCAAGUCGACUGGCGACAUUGUCAACUACAUGGCUGUUGACACGCAACGUCUCCAGGACCUAGCCCAGUACGGACAGCAGUUGUGGUCCGCCCCUUUCCAGAUUGUGCUUUGUAUGCUCUCUCUAUACCAGCUUCUCGGUGCAGCAUGUUUUGCAGGCGUAGCGGUCAUGAUCAUCAUGAUUCCUAUCAACGGUGUCAUUGCGCGUCUGAUGAAGACACUGCAGAAGGAGCAGAUGAAGAACAAGGACUCGCGUACCAAGCUGAUUUCGGAGAUUCUCAACAACAUGAAGUCUAUCAAGCUUUACGCCUGGACCACCGCUUUCGCCAGCCGUCUGAACCACAUCCGAAACGAGCAAGAGCUCAAGACGUUACGCAAGAUCGGUGCUACCCAAGCCUUCUCCACCUUCACAUGGUCGACCACUCCAUUCCUGGUAUCUUGCUCCACUUUUGGCGUUUUCGUCUGGACCCAGAGUCGUCCCCUCACUACCGACAUCGUCUUUCCUGCUUUGACCCUAUUCAACUUGCUCACGUUCCCACUUGCUAUCUUGCCUAUGGUCAUUACAGCAAUUGUUGAAGCCAGCGUUGCAGUCAGCCGUAUCACAGGUUACCUGACUGCCGACGAACUUCAAGCCGAUGCUGUUCGUCGCGAGCCUGCCGCCGAGGAAACUGGUGACGAGUCGGUUCGCAUCCGGGAUGCAAGCUUCACUUGGGACAAGAACGCCGAACGUCGUGCCCUUGAAGAGAUCAAUUUCUCUGCUCACAAGGGCGAUCUUGCGUGCAUUGUCGGUCGCGUGGGUUCCGGAAAAUCUUCACUUUUGCAGGCUGUCCUUGGCGAUCUGUGGAAGAUCAAGGGCGAGGUUGUGCUUCAUGGAAAGUCAGCUUAUGUACCACAGCAAGCUUGGGUCAUGAACGCGUCUGUGCGAGAGAAUAUUGUCUUUGGCCAUCGCUGGGAUCCCCAAUUCUACGACAAGACAGUGGCUGCUUGUGCUUUACGUGAUGACUUCGCCCAGCUUCCGGAUGGGGACCAGACGGAAGUCGGUGAACGUGGAAUCUCCUUGUCUGGCGGCCAAAAGGCACGUCUUACGCUUGCGCGUGCCGUAUACGCUCGGGCAGACGUCUAUCUUCUUGACGACUGUCUGUCCGCUGUAGAUCAGCAUGUUGGACGACAUUUGAUCAACAACGUUCUUGGUCCCAACGGUCUAUUGGCUGGUAAGACCAGGAUCCUGGCAACCAACUCCAUUCCUGUGUUAGUAGAAGCCGAUAUGAUCCUACUCCUCCGCGAGGGCAAGAUCCUCGAGAGGGGCAGCUACACUCAGCUCAUGGCGAUGAAGGGUGAGAUUGCGAGCUUGAUCAAGACAUCGCAAAACGAAGACCAGAACGAGGACAGCGCACCGUCCGAUAGCGUCACGAGCGACGAAGAUUCUACAGUGUACGGCGGAAGCCCGGCGUCGGACGAAGAUCAAGACCGGGACGAAGCCGAGGCUGCUCAGGAAGGCGCAUCACACCUUGCGCCUCUGCGAACUACCAACGGCACGGCCCGCAAACAUAGCUUCGCAACGCUUCGCCGUGCCAGCACUGCCAGUUUCAAGGGUCCACGUGGCAAGACCUCAGACGAAGAGAAUGGUCUCAAGAGCAAGCAGUCAAAGGAGUUCUCGGAACAGGGCAAGGUUAAAUGGUCAGUGUAUGCCGAGUAUGCAAAGACUAGCAACCUAGUCGCAGUUGCUAUUUAUUUAGCACUUCUAGCCGGCGCUCAGACAGCAUCUGUCGGUGCGAGUGUCUGGCUGAAGCAAUGGUCUGAGGAGAACCAGCGCGUCGGUGGCAAUUCACAUGUAGCCAAGUACAUUGGUGUCUACUUUGCGUUUGGUGUCGGUUCGGCUGCCCUUGUGGUUGUGCAGACACUCAUUCUUUGGAUCUUCUGCUCUAUCGAGGCCAGUCGCAAACUGCAUGAGCGGAUGGCGUUUGCCAUGUUCCGCUCUCCAAUGAGUUUUUUCGAAACAACACCCGCAGGACGCAUCCUCAACCGGUUCUCAAGCGAUAUCUACAAGGUUGAUGAAGUGCUAGCUCGAACGUUCAAUAUGUUGUUUGUCAACUCAGCAAGAGCUGUUUUCACCCUGGUUGUCAUCUCUGCAGGAACUCCCAUCUUCAUCGCUCUUAUUCUGCCGCUUGGCGCGUUGUAUCUCUACAUCCAGCGGUACUACCUGCGCACAUCGCGAGAGCUCAAGCGCCUGGACAGCGUCAGCCGCAGCCCCAUUUAUGCGCAUUUCCAGGAGUCGCUCAGUGGUAUGAGCACAAUCCGUGCAUACAACCAGCAGAAGCGCUUUGAGCUAGAGAAUGAGUGGAGAGUGGACGCCAACCUGAGGGCCUAUUACCCAUCCAUUAGCGCCAACAGAUGGCUAGCUGUGCGCUUAGAGUUCUUGGGGUCGUUCAUCAUCUUAGCUGCAGCUGGGCUCGCCAUCAUCUCUGUCGCUAGCCAUAGCGGUCUUACGGCUGGUAGUGUCGGUCUGGCGAUGUCAUAUGCACUUCAGAUUACCCAGUCUCUCAACUGGAUUGUUCGACAGACCGUCGAAGUGGAGACCAACAUUGUCUCCGUGGAACGCGUGCUCGAGUACGCCGCCUUGCCGAGCGAGGCGCCGGACGUCAUCUCGAAGAACCGACCACCAAUUAGCUGGCCCUCGCAGGGUGCUGUGUCGUUCAACAACUAUAGCACCCGGUACCGGCCAGGCCUUGACCUGGUUCUCAGGAACAUUGACCUGCAGAUCAAGCCGAAUGAGAAGAUUGGAGUUGUCGGGCGCACAGGUGCGGGCAAGAGCUCACUUACCCUUGCGUUGUUCCGCAUCAUCGAGCCGUCGGAGGGCCAUGUAAGCAUCGACAAUCUGAACACAAGCGCGAUCGGACUUUUGGACCUCCGCAGACGGCUGGCUAUCAUCCCCCAAGAUGCAGCGCUGUUUGAGGGUAGCGUGCGUGACAAUCUUGACCCAGGUCACGUUCACGAUGACACGGAAUUGUGGAGUGCACUAGAACAUGCGCGUCUCAAAGAGCAUGUUGCCAGCAUGCAAGGCAAGCUGGAUGCGCAGAUUCACGAAGGAGGCUCCAACCUUAGCGCAGGCCAGCGCCAACUUGUCUCGUUAGCGCGCGCUCUCCUUGCGCCGUCCAACAUCCUUGUCUUGGACGAAGCUACUGCCGCAGUCGACGUGGAAACCGACGCGAUGCUGCAGACUACGCUCCGAUCCAGCAUGUUCAAGAACAAGACCAUCAUCACGAUUGCGCAUCGCAUCAACACCAUUCUUGACAGCGACCGCAUCAUUGUGCUGGACAAGGGCACGGUGGCCGAGUUUGACAGUCCUGCGGAGCUUGUGAGGAGAAAGGGAUUGUUUUAUGACCUCGUCAAGGAAGCGAAUUUGCUCCAUUCCAUCGAGACGUAA